AACUCUUCCGCCGCAUCUGCGCUUUGGUAUCGCUGAGAAAUAAAAUUGGUCAGCCGGGAGAACCAGUUUCUCUAUUUUUAACCCUGUUAUUCGUUCGUCGAACACGUGGCUACAUAUGCUUGCUAUUGUAAUUUGAGAGCGGACGAGCAAGGAAAAAACUGAGAAACGAAAGUGGAGGAGCAUAACGAACCGACUGGUAUUAAUAGCGCGGUCAGUCAAGCUUCGUCACUCGACGAUUCAACAACGCCGGAACGUCAAAGUUUGCGUGUCUCUUUCAACCUCGGUAUCAGCGAAGCAUUCCAACCAACAUCGUACGUGUGAUCGAUACAUAUUGAUAACCGUCGAAUUUUCUUUGCUCAGUGUUGCUAUCGACUCUUCUUGAACUCACGAUGUCCGAGCAGUUGCUGACUCUUCUCGUUUUUACGAGCGGAAUAUUGUGUCUCGUGCUACGAGAGUCAACAGCUGUACCUGCUGUGUCGAAAAUAGAUGCGAAAUCGAACAAACACCCAAUCAGCCUGUUCGACGACUCUAUAAAAUUGCUAAAUCGUAGCCAGGAAGAUGUUCUUCCAGGUUCGCCGCAAUCGGUGACUACCAUGAACGGCGAGAAUAUUUACCACGCUAACCAACAAGUAUUUUACUUUAACUGGCCACCCCAGUCGACGUAUUGCCAGCAAUGCAAUUGCACGAGCGUUUUAACGAAAGAUGACUACGUUGUUGCUCCAGGCAUCGGAGCCCACAAGCUCCACACGCGCAAGCUAUCGUGGAACCGUGCACGCAAGUCCUGCAUCGACGAAGGAGGUUACUUGGCCAUUCCGAACUCGUUAGCCGAGGAGGCCGUUUUGAUAAAAUGGAUGCUGGCCUCGAAGGUCGACACGGCUUGGCUAGGCAUUCAUGAUCUGUUCGAGGAAGGCGACUGGGUGACUCUGACGGGCGAAUCGCUGGAGAAAUCUGGUUACGACAGAUGGACCCCGGCGAUUCCGGCGGAUCCCGACAACUUUGGCGGUAGUCAGAAUUGUGCGAUUCUUCUAAGUAAACAUGGUGGAAUGGACGACAUCGGUUGUGGGGGCUCGCACUCCUACUUUUGCGAAAUUACCAUGUGUUGAACAUGAACAACGGACAAGGUAUACGAAUAGGUGCUGCUCGGCGAAAAAAAAAAUUUCAAAUCGUUCUGAAAAAAUUAUUGUUAGCUAGAGAGACCGAUUACAAUCAGUUUUGGUGAACAGACAUACCCCCGAAAUCCUAUCCAGUUUCGAGAAAAAAAUU